CGCACCCCUUUCCCGCGGUGACUUUGCAGAUAAGCGAAGGCGUCUGCGGCUCGCGGCCUCCGCUUGUGGCGGGGACCCCCGGCCAGGAUGGUCGGGGUGAAGGUAAUCGCGAAUGACACCGAGUUCCAGCCUGAGCUCAGCGCCGCCGGCUCCCGGCUCGCCGUGGUCAAGUUCACCAUGCGGGGAUGUGGCCCUUGUUUGAGGAUAGCCCCAGCUUUCAAUGCUUUGAGUAAUAAAUAUCCCCAGGCAACUUUUUUGGAAGUGGAUGUACAUCAGUGCCAGGGAACAGCUGCAACCAAUAAUAUAUCAGCAACACCAACAUUUCUGUUUUUCCGAAACAAAGUGCGAAUCGACCAGUAUCAAGGAGCUGAUGCUGUAGGAUUAGAAGAAAAAAUUAAACAGCAUCUAGAGAAUGAUCCUGGAAGUAACGAGGACACAGAUAUUCCGAAAGGAUAUAUGGAUUUAAUGCCAUUUAUUAAUAAAGCUGGCUGUGAAUGUCUUAAUGAAAGUGAUGAACAUGGAUUCGAUAACUGUUUACGUAAAGACUCUACCUACCUGGAAUCUGACUGUGACGAGCAGCUCCUUAUUACUGUAGCUUUUAAUCAACCUGUCAAGCUUUAUUCCAUGAAACUUCAAGGGCCAGAUAAUGGUCAAGGUCCCAAGUAUAUAAAAAUCUUCAUCAACCUUCCCCGAUCUAUGGACUUUGAAGAGGCAGAAAGAAGUGAACCAACCCAAGCCUUGGAACUAACGCCGGAUGAUAUAAAAGAAGAUGGUAUUGUCCAGCUUCGCUAUGUAAAAUUUCAGAAUGUUAACAGCGUAACUUUAUUUGUCCAGUCCAAUCAUGGUGAUGAAGAGACGACAAGAAUUACAUAUUUUACAUUUAUUGGAACUCCAGUCCAAGCAACAAACAUGAAUGACUUCAAGCGAAUAAUACACAUGGGCAAGUUGACAAUUCCCACCUCUGAAUGGUGGUAGGCAAGAAAGGAGAGAGCCACUAAGAUGCAAGAAACACUGGAUCGCCUUAUUGAAAUCAAUGGGAUCUUCACUUUAUCUACAGCUCCUGGAUAAUUGCUUGACUGUAGCCAGAGACUGUCAAUCUGUUUCAUUUAAUGCCAUUACCAAUAAACCAUUGCUUUUGUUGAGAUGGAGUUUCACUAGAGUAUUUCUGUUGUAAUCUUGGUACAUGUAUUUGUAAAUAAAAUUCAUUACUUUUGCCAA